AUGAAAAAUAUUAAACACAACUUUAACCGUGAACAAGCCAUGGCUGGACCAGAUUGGUUUAGAAAUUCUCUAAAGAGAAAUCCAGAUAUUUCGUUGAGGAAGUCAGAGGCUACAAGUGUAAACAGAGUAUCAGCUUUUAAUAAAAGAGAAGUUAGUAAUUUUUUCGCCAACUUGGAACAAAUUCAAAAUAAAUAUCAUUUUGGUCCUGAUCGAAUGUAUAACGUUAACGAAACAGGAUGCUCUACAACCCCAAAGGAAGUAAGCAAAAGACUAGCACCUAAAGGUAUUAAACAAUUUGGUUCUAUUUGUUCUUGGGAACGCGGAAAAAAUAUUACGGUUAUGUGUGCCGUGAAUGCUACAGGUAGUUUUGUGCCGCCAUUAUUUAUUUUCCCGAAAGAAUGA